AUGGUAUUUGGAGCCCUAAGGUCCAUUGUGCGGCCUCUCUCCCGAACCCUAAUAUCCCGCACCUCGACAUGCUCCAUAACCUCAUUUGCUGCCAGUUCUGUGUGCCCAAAACCUGAGACCCGCUUCCUUUCUGGUGGCCAAGCUCCGUGGUCUUUUCUGAUUUCGAAUCAUUUCCACAGCUUGACAGAUACUCGUUUCCCAAAGCGGCGACCCAGCCUCAAGUCUCGUCGAAAAAGGGCCAGCAUAAGACCUCCAGGACCGUAUGCUGGGAUUCAGUGUGCUCCUGGUGAACCGAUAGUUCCUAGUAGACCCAAUGAAGGAAGUGUGAAGAGGAGGAAUGAGAAGAAGCGCAUGAGGCUGCGCCGCGCAUUUAUAUUGUCAGAAAAGAAGAAAAGAAAGGCUCUAGUGCAGGAGGCUAAAAGGAAGAAGAAUAUAAAGAGAAUUGAGAACAAAAUGGCUGCUGUGGCAAGGGAAAGAGCAUGGGCUGAGAGACUGACUGAGCUGCAGCGACUGGAGGAAGAGAAGCGAAAGUCCAUGGCUUGA